GCGGGUGUUUCCGCGGGCCUCCUGGCCCGGCAUCUACCGGUGUGUGUGGUCCUCUUGCCUUUAGCGGGUGCAGCUAGUCCAUGCGGGCGACGGUGCUUCCAAGUAGGGCAACCAGAGCCCUGCCAGUGCCGUGGGGCCGGCUGCCAUUAAAGAGACUCAGACAUGGAAAGCAAACCAUUGGUGAUAUCGAAGCAGAAGACUGAGGUGGUAUGUGGGGUCCUCACCCAGGUGGUGUGCACAGCCUUCAGCAGUCACAUCCUGGUGGUGGUGACCCAGUUUGGGAAGAUGGGUACUCUGGUCUGCCUGGAGCCCAGCAACGUGGCCAGCGACUUCUGCAAACCGGUGCUCACAACAAAAGUCCUUCUUGGGCAGGAUGAGCCUCUCAUCCAUGUCUUUGCAAAGAACUUGGUAGCGUUUGUGUCUCAAGAAGCUGGAAACAGAGCAGUCCUGCUAGCCAUGGCCAUGAAGGACAAAAGCAUGGAGGGCGUGAAGGCCUUGAAGGAGGUGAUCCGGGUAUGCCAGGUGUGGUGACCUAGAGUCAGCCACAUGCUGUCCAGAAAGACCAAUUGGAAACUCAGACACUCACUCAGUGACUCGAAGACCCUCCUCCCAUCAUAGCAGAGGGAAGAACUUUAUCUGGCUUUAGCACUUGAAGCCAGAAAAAAUAUUCAUGUCUAAGGCAGACUUUUACUCUGUUUGGUUACUUAUAUCUGUGUAUGGAGGGGAGAACUGGAAUGUGUCUUGGAAGUCAUGAAUGGAUCUUCCCUGGGGUCCAGAUAGGUGUUUAUAUUUGGUGUUUUUCUAAGUCAUACUUAUUUACAGCUGCCCAAAGCUGUGUGGUAGCUAUUAAAAAUGCGGACUGAGACUAAA